AUGACUCAAAAGCAUUACCCAUCAAUCAAAAUCAAAGCCAAAACAAUUUCCAACUAAAGACUAAAGGGAAACUUUUCAUUCAAUACCCUACUCAUAAAUCUCAUAACCUCCCUCCCUCUCUCCACCCAACUAAAUUAACACCACUAAUCAAAGAAUCUCAUCUCGUUCUCUAGCCUUCCCCCACCAAAUUACCCUCCUCAAUACUUUUAUUUGUAGUCUGUUACUUGGCGCUUUUGAGUCUGUGUUCAUUGUAUGUAUUAUUACCCUUUUUUGGAUUUUGUUUUCGUCCGUUUUUAAAUUGAUUUUUCUUUGUAAUAACUCAUGUCAGUGAAUACGUUUCCAUUCUCAAGCAUGGAACUUUCAGAGCUCUGUGAAAACCAGAGCUUAUGGGUUCUUAUCACCAAACCCAGUUUUGGGUUUUCCCAUAAACCGCCUCCUCAAUGCUUUGUUUAUACUGUGUUCAAGGGUUGUUGCUAAUCUAAUUCUAACCGACUCGUUAUCUACACCUCACUCUCUUGAUUUAGUGAUUUAUUGGUUUCAUAAUUAUACUCCUUGUUGGUGGAUAAUUUCUUAUGGAGUUUUGGAUUGGGUUUUAAGUUAUAGAGGUUGAGAUUUGGUGUUUAAGGGAUGGGGUUGGUGCUGGUGGUACCGGUGAUGCUUCAACUUGUGAAACUCUCAGUCAUUUGUGCUCUUUUAACUGUGCAUGGAUCUACAGGGUAUGAUAUAUCCCCAUCACCAGCGAGUCUUUCUGUAGAAAUUACACCCACUCCUGUUUCCUGGAGUGGCAAUCCAUCUAGAUCAGCAUCUCAGCAUCAUGGGUUAGGCUUGCUUGCUCCUCUUGCAUCACCACCUCUAAUGUUUGCCCCUAGGCCUAGGACAAAACGGCCUGCGCCCUCAUCAGCUAAUACUCCAAUGGAACCAAUGCCACAUAAUGCAGCUCCUCCACCUUUGACUGAUCAAGAACAUUCACCAUCCUCGUCACCCAGAUUUCCCUUUGUAUCACCAUCUAAUCCCACGGCUACUCCCUCCUCAACUAUUCAUGCAGAUGCACCAUCCGUGUUGCCAGGUGCUCCGAGAGAGAAGACACCAGCUGUUGCAACUCCUCCAACAAAAUUUCCACAAAUAGCACCAGCCAUCAGCCCGAGUGCACCAGGAACUUUUCCCCCAACUUCUCAUCAAAGAAAUGCGUCAAAGAGCGAGGCUCCUGUUGUAGAGUCCAUUGCUCCAGUUGCACCACCACCAAGACCAACCAUACAGCCGAACAUACCUGGAACUUUCUCCCCACCCCCAGAUGAGCAAGAAAGGAAUGCGUCAAACAAUAAGGCUCCUAUCCAGGAGCCUAUAGCUCCAGCUGCACCACCACCGCGACCAACCAUACAACCGAACAUACCAGGAACUUUCUCCCCAACCCCAGAUGAGCAAGAAAGGAACGCGUCGAACAAUGAGGCUCCUAUCCAGGAGCCCAUAGCUCCAGUUGCACCACCACUGAGACCAAUCAUACAACCGAACAUACCAGGACCUUUCUCCCCAACCCCAGAUGAGCAAGAAAGGAACGCGUCGAACAAUAAGUCUCCUAUCCAGGAGCCUAUAGCUCCAGUUGCACCACCACCGAGACCGGCCACACAACCGAACAUACCAGGAACUUUCUCCCCAACCCCAGAUGAGCAAGAAAGGAACGCGUCGAACAAUAAGGCUCCUAUCCAGGAGCCUAUAGCUCCAGUUGCACCACUACCGAGACCAACCAUGCAACCAAACAUACCAGGACCUUUCUCCCCAACCCCAGGUGAGGAAGAAAGGAAUGCGUCAAACAAUAAAGCUCCUAUCCAGGAGCCUAUAGCUCCAGUUGCACCACCACUGAGACCAACCAUACAACCGAAUAUACCAGGAACUUUCUCCCCAACCUCAGGUGAGCAAGAAAGGAACGCGUCGAACAAUAAGGCUCCUAUCCAGGAGCCUGUAGCUCCAGUUGUACCACCACCACCACCAACCAUCCAUCCAAGCAUUCCCGCAACUCUGCCACCAACCUCCCAUCAAAGAAAUGAAUCAAACUAUGAAGCACCUAUUGUGGCACCUGUUGCUCCAGCACCUCGUACUAGAGGGGAUUCACCACCAAUUCAUCAUCAAAGAAAUGUAUCGGAUGAUAAGGCUCCAGAAAUUUCACCUACCACUCCAGUUGCAGAUACUGAUGUCUCUCCUGCGGCUACUCCAAGUGUUGACUGGGAGGAAGGCGGAGUGCUAGUUGCUGCACCGCCAAAUGAUAUCCCCAAGCUAUUGCCACCUGUGAACCAUUCCCCAACUAAGGCUCCUUCAAAGCACAAUGCUAUAAGGCAUCAUCAGAGUGCCCCGGUGCCAUCACUUGUAUCUCACAGACCUCCACAAGAUAGAGACUAUCUGUCUCCUGCAUUAUCACCUUCUUCCUCAUUUCAUAAACCUCAUCAUGCAAGGGACAGAAUGAACAUCCCAUCUCCGGCAUAUGUGAUACCUCUUCCUCCAAAUCAGCAAGGUCCUGCCAGUUCUCCUGCAUUUCUUCCAUUGAGUAAGCGGAGACAAAAUGCUCAUGCACCCGCACCCUUUGAUCCAGGUUCUUUAAUUUCUCCAUCUCGGCAUCACUUUCCCCCAUCAAUAAGCCAUGCAUCACCUACUCCUUCACCAUUUCCAAGUUCUGCAUCUGUCUGGACCCAAAUGCCCAUUCUCUCCCCUAAGGCUUCUCCUUCUGGGUCUCCACCAAGAAGUCCAAAGAUUCCACUUCUGCCUCCAACGCAAUCACUACCACCUCCUCCUCCCAAUAAAGACUGUUCUUCUACGGAAUGCAAGGAGCCAUACACAAAUGCUCCUUCUGGGUCUCCCUGUGGCUGUGUUAGGCCCAUUCAAGUUGGACUGCGCCUCAGUGUUGCCCUUUACACUUUCUUCCCUUUGGUUCCACAGCUAGCCGAGGAAAUUGCUGCUGGGGUAUUCUUGAAACAAGGUCAAGUUCGUAUUAUUGGAGCCAAUGCUGCCAGCCAGAACCCAGAAAAGACAAUUGUCCUUACUGAUUUGGUACCUCUUGAAGAGAUGUUUGAUAACACUACAGCAUUUUUGACAUACCAUAGAUUUUGGCAUAAACAAGUUGUCAUAAAUCCUUCCCUGUUUGGGCAAUAUGACGUAUUAUAUGUGCGUUACCCAGGUCUACCUCCAUCUCCACCCUCUGCACCGAGCGUUAGCAUGAUAGAUGGUGGGCCAUAUUCUGCUAAUGGUAAUAAUGCGCGGGCAAUAAAGCCCCUGGGGGUUGAUGUGCGGAAUGGGCAGCAUAAAGAUGAUCUUAGCGGUGGCAUAGUUGCUGUAAUUGUUCUGUCAGUUCUUGUGGCAGUUGUUUUAUGUGGCGCAGUUGCUUGGGUUCUGCUGUUCAAACACAGAGACAGUGCUUCCCAACCAGCAUCCAUCCAGCAGUCUUUUCCCGCUACCGUCCUAAAACCAUCACGUGCUACUGGGUCAGUUAAGGGAAGUGGUAUCAGUUCUACAUCCUUAUCAUUUGGAUCUAGUAUUGCACCUUACAAAGGAUCUGCUAAAACCUUCAGCACUGCUGAUAUAGAGAGAGCAACAGACAACCUUAAUGCUUCGAGAGUACUUGGGGAAGGAGGCUUUGGCUGUGUUUACAGUGGUGUUCUUGAAGAUGGGACCAAAGUGGCGGUCAAAGUUUUAAAGAGAGAUGAUCAGCAGGGUGGACGUGAAUUCUUGGCCGAAGUCGAGAUGCUCAGCCGUCUACACCACAGAAAUUUGGUCAAAUUGAUUGGCAUAUGUACAGAGGAGCGCAGCAGGUGCUUGGUUUAUGAACUCAUUCCAAAUGGCAGUGUAGAGUCUCAUUUACAUGGAGUUGACAAAGAAGCUGCUCCACUUGAUUGGGAUGCCCGGGUGAAGAUAGCUCUUGGUGCUGCACGGGGUCUAGCAUAUUUGCAUGAAGAUUCGAGCCCCCGUGUCAUACACAGAGAUUUCAAGGCGAGCAACAUCUUGCUGGAACAUGAUUUCACACCAAAAGUGUCUGACUUUGGUUUGGCACGAGUUGCCAUGGACGAGGACAACAGGCAUAUAUCAACGCGUGUUAUGGGAACUUUUGGGUAUGUAGCUCCCGAGUAUGCGAUGACAGGGCAUCUUCUGGUGAAGAGUGAUGUUUACAGCUAUGGUGUAGUCCUUCUUGAGCUUCUAACUGGAAGAAGACCUAUAGACAUGUCACAACCACCCGGUCAGGAGAAUUUAGUGGCAUGGGCACGUCCACUCCUCACGAGUAGAGAAGGGUUGGAAACAAUUAUAGAUAAAUGCUUAGGACCUGAUGCCCCAUUUGAUAGCAUUGCUAAGGUAGCUGCAAUUGCUUCUAUGUGUGUACAAACGGAGGUAACGCACCGUCCUUUCAUGGGUGAGGUAGUUCAGGCAUUAAAUUUAGUAUGUAAUGAGUGUGAUGAGGCGAAAGAAGUCGGUUCAAGAACUUCUAGCCGAGAAAAUUUGUCAAUUGAUGUGGAUGCUGGAGUCAGUACUAGCUCUAGACAGCCUCUGGAUCCCUUGCAAAGCCAAUAUCACAUGCCUCGCUAUGAUUUUGGGCCGGAUACAGAGAUGGGACUGUCAGCCUCAGAUUUGUUCAGUGCAUCGGUGAGACUUGACAGGCAGGCAUCUGGAUCCUUUAGGAGAUAUUCCAGUUCCGGUCCGUUGAGGACUGAAAGGGGUAGACAGUUCUGGCAGACAAUAAGAGGGUUAACCGGGGGUAGUUUGAGUGAACAUGGAGUUAUGUUCAAGGUACAGCCGGGUUCGCAUUGAGCAUUUGCAGUCUUUUUCCAUGCACAAAGAGCCUUCCACUCCUGCGACUCCUGCAUGCACAUAAGAAUGGUAUUCCGGGUCCUCCCAACAGAGAAGCGUGUAAAUUCUUCAUCUUGAGUACAUAAUUUGACUGUCAUAGCCUGGAUGGAAAAGCUGCAUUGGAUAGAACCAUAGAAAUUCUCCCUUAUUGACUAUUAUCAUUAAGAAAAAUCAGAUAAAUGCAGGAACUUAUAGGAGGAAGAAGGCUUCCACAUAGUACUAUACUAAUCUGGCAGGGUUUUUGAAUCAAUAAUGCAGUAUGCAGAGCGAUUCUGAUGUAGGCUUUUAUGAUCUGCUUGAAUUGUUGAUAGAUGCAUUUUUGUACGGGAAAAUACCAGGAAGAUGAAAGCAAAUCUUCUUGCUAAGAAAAUGUAUAGUUUUUGUGUUGUGUCCGUGAAAAUUAAACUAUUCCCUUAUAAAUACUCUUUUCUUACUGUUAUCA